ACGUCACGCGGCGCACGCUCUUGGAACGCUCGGAGCCCGUCGGUUGACCUCUGGUCCCCUCGUUCCGACACGCCGCGACUCUUCGAGCUUCGCCCUUUCAGGACAGGCUGAGGUACGUGCAGCGCGUGCAUACGCCGGAACCAGGCCGUUGCUUCGAAGUGGUCCCAUCGGGCAGCGCGCCAUGCGGUCCGUCUGCGCCCUUCUGCUAGCCAUGGCGGUCGCCACAGGCAGCGCAAGACGCUCCCUCCUGGAUGACAAGCGGGUGGACGCACUUGGAGUCGAGGAAAAGGCCCGACCAGGAAGCGACGCAAGUGAUCACCCAGAAAAGCCAGGCGCCAACGACUGCGACAAAAACAAGUUUCGGGAAGGCAUCAAUAACUGCGAAAGUGGAUUGAAGCCUCUAGAGAAAUAUCUCUCGGAAAAGAAGAACGAUGACUCCUGCAAGCUGCUCAAGAUCUACCUAUCCUGCAUUGAAGACUUCCAACUCUUCCUGUCUUGUGAAAAUGACCCGGCCUCACAGAAGGAAAUGGCUAAGGCAACUAGCAUUAUCGUCAAAAACCGGCUGAACUGUACAGAAUUGGCGUUCUUGACGGCGAAUAUAACGUCCAAGGUACCCCCGCAGAAUGCAGCUGGUGCUGCUUCUCCUGUCAACAAAACAACGACGGCCGCAACCAAAGGUAUUCCAGAAAGCGCAUUUUACGUUCUCUGUUAG